ACUUCCGCGUUCCGUGCAUAGCAACAGGAGGACAGUGAAGAUGGCGGUGUGCAGGGAUCCAGAAAAAUAACUUCAGAAAAUUCAGUAAUUUGUUUAAUCAGAAGCGGCGAGAGAGCAUUGGACUCCGAGAGCCCGAGUCCUCUUGGUAUAACGUCCCAUGGCGUCCCCUCAUAUCCGGAUCGGCCACCAGGCCUUAGCUGUGCUGGAUGUGGCUUUUCGAGUUCCCUGUAUUUUCAUUAUCGACGCCAUUUUUAACUCUUAUUUUGAUCCUGGGUCCGGAUGGGCCAUCACUGCUGUACGGAUUUUAAUUCGUUUUUUGGGUGUUUUGGUAUCAGGUGUUGUCCUGGUCUUGUCCCAGAGAGCGCUCUUUAAGUUCUACAUGAUCUUCUUUGCAGUACUUUUGGGAGCCGUCGCAUUUCUGGUGAACUAUUACGCCACCUCUCAUAUAGACUUCUACAGCGCUUACUAUACAGCAGCAUUAGGAUUUAAGCUGCUUCCUCGUAGUGGACCCACACUAUGGCUGGGCAUGGCCACAGUCCAGCUUAUGUUUGGAAUUGGGCAUGUUAUGCUCCUCAAUGUACAGUCAGUCUUUGCUGCACUAAUUGUCCUAGACAUUAUGAUCCCCAUAUGGGGCUUGAUCUUGGAGUUGCCAGUGGAUGUGAGACAGCUCCUGGCCAUCAUUUCAGGCUUGGUUCUUGUAGUGAACACAGUUGUCUGCUUACUUAUGAAGAUAAAGUGGUUCUAUUACUCAGGUCGCUAUGUGUACCUGCUCAUCAGGCACAUGUAUCGCAUCUAUGGACUCCAGCUGCUGGUGGAGGACACCUGGAAAAGGAUCCGCUUCCCAGAUGUCCUCAGGGUUUUCUGGCUCACGAGACUUACAGCUCAAGCUAUCAUUCUGGUUUACGUUGUGAAAGUGGUGGACAAUGAAGAAGGAAAGUGGAAUUAUUUGAUCUCCUGGGAUGCUUUCUGGGAUGUUUUGUGCAACCUUAUCAUCAGUGGGUGUGACUCAACCUUGACAGUCCUGGGCAUGAGUGCAGUUAUCUCCUCCAUUGCUCAUUACUUGGGGCUCGGUAUAUUGGCUUUCAUUGGUUCCACAGAAGAAGAAGAUAAACGCUUGGGUUUCGUAGCACCGGUGUUGUUUUUCAUUUUAGCUCUUCAGACUGGCCUUAGUGGCCUAGACCCUGAGGAGAGACUGGUCCGGCUCAGCCGAAACAUGUGCCUUCUCUUGACUGCCAUCUUGCAUUUCAUUCAUGGGAUGACUGAUCCAGUUCUGAUGUCUUUGAGUGCCUCACAUGUUUCGUCUUUUCGCAGACAUUUCCCUGUGCUCUUGGUCUCCUUGUGUCUGUUUGUACUGCCCAUUGUGCUGAGCUUCAUCCUCUGGCACCACUACAUUCUAAAUACCUGGCUGUUUGCUGUGACUGCAUUUUGUGUAGAGCUCUGUCUGAAGGUCAUUGUGUCCCUGACUGUCUACACACUCUUCAUGAUUGAUGGCUACUACAAUGUCUUAUGGGAAAAGCUGGAUGACUAUGUGUAUUAUGUGCGCUCAACUGGCAAUGUAAUUGAGUUCAUUUUUGGGGUGAUCAUGUUUGGGAAUGGAGCUUACACCAUGAUGUUCGAAUCUGGCAGUAAGAUCCGCGCGUGCAUGAUGUGUCUCCAUGCCUACUUCAACAUUUACCUACAAGCCAAGAAUGGCUGGAAGACCUUCAUUAAUCGGCGGACAGCAGUGAAGAAAAUCAACUCCCUGCCGGAGGUGAAAGGAGGUCAGCUGAGAGACAUUGAGGACGUCUGCGCCAUCUGCUAUCAGGAGUUUGCAACUUCUGCGCGUAUCACACCCUGUCACCACUACUUUCAUGCCCUCUGCCUCCGGAAGUGGCUGUACAUACAGGACACCUGCCCCAUGUGCCACCAGAAGGUCUAUAUUGAGGAGGACUCGAGAGACAAUGGCGCCUUUUCCAAUAAUAAUGGAUAUGUUGCCCCUAAUGAAGACCCAGGAGGCAUUCCAGCAGCAGAAGGGGGAGAAGCAGCUGCUGCUGCCAGGCCUGAGCCUGAAAACGAACUCCUUGAAGACAAUGACAGUAUUGAAUAUGAUGAAGAUGAAUGGGGUACACAGAAUGGUGGAAUGCCUGUAGAAGAAGACUAUAUUAAUGAUGAUACAGACUCAAGUGGGGAAGAAUAGAUCAUAUUUAAGUUAAUCAUAACAAAUGAAACCAUCAGGGACGUUUUUAUAAGGGCUUUGAGAAGGGUAACAUUUAUGAUGAGGUAUAUGAUACAGUGUGCCUAGGUGAGAAAUUGCAACCGAAACCUACACAUUCCUCUGUUUCCUAGGGAUGCAAAUUAUCCUGUCAAUAGUUGUUCACUGAGAAUUUUGAAAGGAUUUUUUUUUCAGAAGCUAUGAAAGUGUGAACUGGAUAUCUCUUGUUUUCUUAAAAAAAAAAAACAGGUGAACUGUGAUAUUACAAACAUUAUUUAUUUUAUUUGUAUUUUUAACAGUGCUGAUUAAGUAUUAAAGCAAAAUAUCACAUUGAGAUCCAACUACUUAUUUUCUGUAAAUGGACCAGUGAAACAGAGAUUCAACACAGGGGGAAAGGUUUAAUUUAAUGUGAUGUGCUACUGUAACCACAAAUAUACCUCUUAUCAUUACUGCUGGUCUCUUGUGUGACCUUACUAAAAUUGUGUACAUUAUUGUACAUGCAAUAAAAUAAAAUAGACUUUCUUUUCUUAAUGGUCGUAUUCAAAUGACUGUUUUGGCAAACACUGUUUGAACACAUCAUAAUGCAGAAAAGUUCCUUGUCAAAGAGCUAGAAGUAUCAUUCUUUGAACUACACAAUAUAGUUUAGUAGUAGCCUUAACAUUUCAAAUUAAUAAGAUCUUUGUUCUUUGAAGAUGUCUCCCUACCUGCUAAUGAUAACAGUUUCACAAAAAAUAAAGAUGUUUUACUUUUAUCAUUAAUACAACAUUAAUCUAAUUUGAAAUAGAAAAUGAAAUAACUGUAUAAUGAAGAUCUUGCUGCUAAGAUAGAACUGUAUGGAGUUUUGUUUUUGGUUGUUUGAAUUAAUUAUAAGGGAGAGGGCAUUUUCCAUUUAUUUUGUAGAAGAGCUGUGCAUUUUGACUCAGCAAUUAUGUUUUCUGAUUAAAGUAUUGUCGCUUGGUUUUCAUUAAAACAUGAGCUUUGUA